AUGCGGUCGCCGCGACUCCGCCGCCAGCCGGCGCCGGCGCCGGCGCGGGAUCCGCAUCCGGCGGAGCCCACGGAGGUCUUCCCCCUGGGCGAGGCUGUGGAGGUGCUCCCGGACGAGGGAGCCUACCGCGGGGCCCACCUCCCCGCCGUCGUCGCGCGCUUCGACCCCGACCUCCGCAGCUACGCGGUCGAGUACGACGCCCUAGCCAUCUCGGGGGCCUCCGGCCGCGCCCUCCCGGAGACCGUGCCGGCGUCGCAGGUCCGCCCGCGCCCUCCGCCACCGUCGCCGGCGCCCCACGCCGAGCACGCCCCCGUGGACGCGCUCCGAGACGGCGCGUGGUGGCUCGGCGUCGCCCUCCUCGGCGGGGGGCGGGCGGACGGGAAGGUCGCGGUUCGCUUCCCGGCGACGAGGGAGGAGGCCGAGUUCGACGCGGCCGAUGUCCGGCCCCACCUCGAGUGGGUCGCCGGCGAGUGGCGCUCCCCCGAGGACAUGGAGACAUCCAAGAGAACGCCGUAUGCUAAAGGAACACAUAUAGAAGUUGCCAGGUUGGAAGCUGAUUCUGUUGUCGCUUGGUUCCCUGCAAUUGUUGCAAAGCCUAUCUGGAAAAAUAACCUCUUGGUGGAGUACCCUUUCGGGAAGGGUAGUGAACUGUGCAAUGAGAUUAUCAACAUCAAGCACAUCAGACCUUGCCCGCCACGUGCAUCAGUUAUUAGUUUCUGCGUCAAUGAUGAUGUUGAGGGCUUCCAAGAUGAUGGCUGGUGGCCAGGGAAGAUCACUGAGAUCCAUCCCAAGUUAACAUAUACAUUUAAGUUAGCAACUUCAGGAAAGAAGGUUCAGUUACACCAGAACACACUGAGGCUUCGAUAUGACUGGACUGAUGACCAAUGGAAGCAAGUUGCACAGAAUCUGUCGGGAACAAAAUUCACAGGAGGCGACAGGGUUGAGGUGAGCAGCGACGAGGAAGGUUUCAACGGAGCGUGGUUCCAGGGGACCGUCGUCAAAUCCGUGGGACACAAGUUCCUCGUGGAGUACGAUGCGCUGAAGGAUGAUGACGAGAUCACGCCUCUGAAAGAAACCAUAGGGGAGGAGCACAUCAGGCCCUCCCCUCCUGCUAUCCCUGUCACCAACGGUUUCAAGGUCCUUGACGAGAUUGACGCCUAUACCAAUGAUGGGUGGUGGGUCGGCGUGAUAUCUGAGGUCCUCGACGACCAGAAGUACAAGGUUUACUUCAAGGCUUACAAGGAGCAGAAUGACUUUGAGCUCGAGCAGCUGAGGCGUCACUGCGAUUGGGUGGGGCUAUCCGUUUUAUCAGCAUCUAAGUUGACAGCUGAUAAUGAAAUUAGCACUUGUGAUGAUGAUUUACUGAUAGCUGCUAGCAUAGCUGGAUAG